AGAUGGUCAGAUUGCGUUCUGGGUAGAAGUUUUUGUAUAAAAGCCACGGUCCUGAGCUCAGUAGUUUGGGUGUGUAUCUGCAGAAGGACCUGGCUUUAAUGUCUGUCAUUCUUGUAUGAUCUUCAUUAAAGUCUAUUGGAUUCACAAGUUCCUGAGAUGAAGUGUUUUUGUUUUAGUCGUUGUGGACUUGAGUUUUCCACGACACAACCAAGGAUACCAGGCCACAACCCUACCUUAUCUACGGCCCUGUUCCGUUUGGCGGCAAGGGGUGGAGCUUGUAUGUGUGGCUGAAAUGUAUCGGUACUUAUCCGAGUGCAUCCCGGUAUCUCAUCUAUGAACGAUAAUGCUAAAGACUUCACCAUGAUAACCCCAUUAUUUAUGUUUGUUUGGUUGUCUCGAACCAGUUACAUUGAACCUGUGCAGGUUAUUCCUCCUGGAAUACCAGUCUCUGUCUAUGCUAAGAUGUUCUAUAACAUCUCACAACCAAGUGACGUCUGUGGCCAACUGGAAUAUGAUGUUCUGCAGUUCACCUGUUGUGAUGGAAAACUACACAAUGGGCCGAGGCUGUCCUGCUGCGGAAGCAAUGCCUUCAGCAUCACCCAGGCUUCUUGUUGUCAAGGUCAGCUGACUGUUAAUGUGAGCCAGCUUGUGUCAGAUUGCUGCGGGUACAAAGCCUACGACCCACUCAACUAUCUGUGCUGUAACACACGGAUACUUAAAAGGAACAAACCCUAUUCCAAGUGUUGUGGAAAAGAGGUUUUUGACAGUCACCAGCUUUGCUGUGGAGUGGAAAAGAUAGUCCUGACCAAAAUCUCCAGUAACCACAAGUGUUGUGGAAACCAACAGUAUGACAACAAAAGACAAUGCUGCAAUUAUACUGUAGUAACCACAAGGAAUCUGGAUGGACAAUGCCAUGUAUCAAAUGACACAAUGAUAACAAAACCGGCCCUGACAAAUAGACCUAACAACUGUCCCCCUGGGGAGAAGGGCUGUGGUGGAGCCUGUUAUUACCCGACAACAGAGCAGUGCUGUAAUACCUCUUUCCAGGGGCCAUAUCCCUCUGGCCAGAAAUGCUAUCAAGGUCAGGCUGCUUACUGUGGAUCCUCAUAUUACAAUCCAGAAAAAGAAACAUGUUGUGCUGGGAGUGUGAAAAACAGGGUGCAUGGAAACAAUCUGUGUUGUGGUACAUAUCCCUAUAGUGUAGUGGAUGAAGACCGUUUCUGCUGCAACCAGAGCUUGUCCUACGAGCGGAAGGAGGGAAAGCGCUGCUCCCGGAGUGGCCACUUGUAUCAGCCAGACAGCCAGUUGGUGUGUGAGUCAUAUGUCAACAGACCUGGGAACCACUGCUGUGGAAAGACCACCUACGACCCCCAGACUGAGAUCUGCUGCAACGGGCACAGACACGGCAGUUUUGUGAAUGUGUCCUGCUGUGGGAAGGAGGCCUACAACCGGAGCAGUGGAGAGAAGAAGUGCUGUGCAGGUACCCUGUAUGAUCUGCCCCUUCAGGGCCAGCACACAAAUGAGUCCCAGUGUUGUGGAAGUGUCCUGAUGGAGGCUGGCUCCACACAAACCUGUUGCUUCGCGCCGGGACUUGCCCUGGUCUACACAACCCAACCGGGCUUCAGCUGCUGUGGGCACCUCUACCCUAACACCUCCCUCUGGUCCUGCUGCGCUGGGGUCCUGCAACCAUGGACAGAGCGGCAAACCAGGAACCACAAUGAGAGUCCAGGUCCCAGGCUUCUUCAGCUGGAGGAUCUGUAUGAAGAUGUGUGUCAUAACAAUGUUUACAUAGGGACAGUGGAGACUGUGUCUGUGAGGAAAAACCAGAUGUCUGUUGUGAUGAAGAACGCCGUGUUCUUGAUGCUCUCAAAGAACCAGGUCCGGGCCCUGUCUAACCCUGAAUAUCUGAGGUUGUCUGACCACUGCAGCUCCCCCGAGCUGGUGCCAGGAAACACUUACAUCUGGAUGAAAGCAAAUCGUACCCUGGAGGACAUACGCUUCAUCUCUGACAUCAGUGAUCACCCAUCCCCUAUUUACUCUAUUCUUUCCAUGUGCAGCUUCUGAAUAUAACCAAAAGGUCAGAACAAUGGUUACACACUUUAAAACACAAUGUGAAUUCUGGGUAUUUUUUUCAUAUGCUAUUUUAGAGAAACUUGGUUUUAGUUAACCAUUAUUUGAACAGGUGACGAGCUGAUUCUCAUUUAUAAUGACAACCAGGCCACUUCUCAUAUUCAGUGCCGGGCCUGGGCACAGGCAUCACAUUGCAAGUAUGUUAACUACGUUUAAAACCAGCAUGCUUAUUUUAUCUCAGGAGUCAAAUCCCAGGAAAGGUUUGGUGAUAAACUGUCACAUU